UGCAAAAGCGCGCUCUCUGUCUCUCUCUGCUGCGUUCCCUGUCUGUAUUUUUCUCAUUUUUCAUCAGCCCAGUCCUCCAUCUUCUUCUUCUUCCUCGUCAAAUCGAUGAGCUCCCAUUUCACUUGAUUCUCUGAAUCUCCGACUGAUCAGGUAAUUGAAGUGAAACUCUAAGAUGGAGUGGACGACGGUGCAGCACCUGGAUCUACGACAUGUCGGACGCAGCUCAAAACCGUUGCAGCCUCAUGCUGCUGCCUUUCAUCCCCAUCAGGCCCUCGUUGCCGUCGCCAUUGGAAACUACAUCAUUGAAAUGGAUGCGUUGACAGGAAGCAAGAUUUCAUCUAUUGAUAUUGGUACACCCAUUGUCCGCAUGUCUUAUAGCCCCACAAGUGGGCAUUCUGUGGUGGCGAUCCUUGAGGACUGUACCAUUCGCUCUUGUGAUUUUGAUGCUGAGCAAACAUGCGUCUUGCAUUCACCUGAGAAGAAGACAGAACAAAUUUCUUCUGAUACAGAAGUUCAUCUAGCUUUGACGUCUCUCCAGCCUGUAGUAUUUUUCGGUUUCCACAAGAAAAUGAGUGUCACAGUUGUUGGAACCGUUGAAGGAGGAAGAGCGCCGACAAAAAUAAAGACAGACUUGAAGAAACCGAUUGUCAAUCUUGCCUGCCACCCUCGCCUCCCUGUCCUGUAUGUGGCUUAUGCUGAUGGUCUGAUUCGAGCCUACAACAUUCACACAUAUGCGGUUCAUUACACCUUACAAAUCGAUAACACCAUAAAGCUUAUUGGUGCUGGUGCAUUUGGUUUUCACCCAACAUUGGAGUGGAUAUUUGUUGGUGAUAGACGGGGUACGCUGCUUGCAUGGGAUGUGUCAACUGAGAGACCUAGCAUGAUUGGCAUUACACAAGUGGGUUCCCAACCAAUAGCUUCAGUUUCCUGGCUCCCAAUGUUGCGGUUACUGGUAACUGUGUCCAAGGAUGGAACUCUUCAAGUGUGGAAAACACGGGUUAUAAUUAAUCCUAAUAGACCUCCAAUGCAAGCAAAUUUCUUUGAGCCUGCUGCAAUUGAAUCACUUGAUAUCCCUCGCAUCCUUUCUCAGCAGGGUGGAGAAGCAGCUUACCCUUUACCGCGAAUUAAAACUCUAGAAGUUCACUCGAAAUUAAAUUUAGCAGCACUUCUGUUUGCAAAUAUGACAGGUGGAGACAAUGUGAAAAAUCGGGCUGCAUACACUAGGGAAGGAAGGAAACAACUGUUUGCAGUUUUGCAAGGUGCAAGAGGAUCUUCAGCAUCUGUUUUGAAAGAAAAGCUUUCAGCUUUGGGUUCAUCUGGAAUAUUAGCCGAACAUCAACUUCAAGCUCAACUGCAAGAACAUCAUUCGAAAGGCCGCAGUCAGCUUACAAUAUCAGACAUUGCUCGGAAGGCUUUUCUCCACAGUCAUUUUAUGGAAGGUCAUGCCAAAAGUGCCCCAAUAUCUCGGCUGCCCCUCAUUACUAUUAUAGACACUAAGCAUCAUCUGAAGGACUUUCCUGUAUUUCAGCCAUUUCACCUGGAGUUAAAUUUCUUCAAUAAAGAGAACCGGGUUCUUCAUUAUCCUGUCAGGGCCUUUUAUGUUGAUGGAUUACACCUUAUGGCAUAUAACAUUUGUUCUGGAGCAGAUAGCAUUUACAAAAAACUUUACACAACGGUUCCUGGAAAUGUGGAAUAUCAUCCAAAGUACAUGGCCUACGGUAAAAAACAGGGUCUAUUUCUUGUUGUCUAUGAAUUUAGUGGUGCUACAAAUGAAGUGGUGCUUUAUUUUGAAAAUACCAAUACUCAGGCAGCAAACAGCAAGUGUACCACAAUAAAAGGUCGUGAUGCAGCAUUUAUUGGACCUAAUGAAAAUCAGUUUGCAAUUCUUGAUGAUGAUAAGACUGGACUGGUUUUGUAUAUUCUGCCUAAAAAGGCUUCUCCUGAAGCUAAUGAGAAGAAUCUAUUGGCUGAGGAAAGCCAACCUGUGGAUACUGACGCUGGUCCCAAGGGUCCAAUGCAAUUUAUGUUUGAAAGUGAAGUGGAUCGAAUUUUUUCGACUCCAAUAGAGUCAACAUUGAUGUUUGCUUCUCAUGGGAGUCAGAUUGGCUUGGCAAAGUUGAUCCAGGGAUACCGGCUUUCCAAUUCUGGUGGUCAUUAUAUAGCAACAAAGGGUGAAGGGAAAAACACAAUUAAGUUGAAACUAAAUGAGAUUGUACUUCAGGUUCACUGGCAAGAAACUCUUAGGGGCUAUGUAGCUGGAAUACUAACAACGCACAGGGUGCUUAUAGUUUCGGCAGAUCUAGAUAUACUGGCAGGCGGUUCCGCAAAAUUUGAUAAAGGACUUCCUUCGUUUAGAUCACUUUUAUGGGUUGGGCCUGCACUUCUCUUUUCUACUACCACUGCAAUUAGCGUGCUUGGCUGGGACGGGAAAGUAAGGGCUAUUCUCUCUAUCAGUAUGCCUUAUGCAGUUUUGGUUGGUGCGCUGAAUGAUCGGUUGUUGCUUGCUACCCCAACAGAAAUAAACCCCAGACAAAGGAAGGGAGUUGAGAUUAAGAGCUGUCUUGUUGGGCUCCUUGAACCUCUUCUUAUUGGAUUUGCCACAAUGCAAGAGAGAUUUGAGCAGAAACUUGACCUUCCAGAGAUAUUAUAUCAAAUAACAUCAAGGUUUGACAGCCUGCGUAUCACUCCAAGGUCUCUUGAUAUUCUUGCUAGAGGCUCUCCUGUUUGUGGAGAUCUUUCUGUCUCACUAUCUCAAGCUGGACCCCAGUUUACCCAGGUGUUGAGGGGUGUCUAUGCCAUCAAAGCUCUCCGUUUUUCGACUGCUUUGUCUGUCUUAAAAGACGAAUUUCUGCGCUCCAGAGAUUAUCCAAGAUGUCCUCCAACCUCUCAUUUGUUCCACCGGUUCCACCAGUUGGGUUAUGCAUGUAUCAAGUUUGGGCAGUUUGAUAGUGCAAAAGAAACCUUUGAAGUUAUAGGUGAUUAUGAAAGUAUGCUCGACCUCUUUAUAUGCCACCUAAACCCCAGUGCCAUGCGGCGUCUUGCUCAAAAACUGGAAGAAGAUGGCACAGAUUCAGAAUUAAGACGAUACUGUGAAAGGAUUUUAAGAGCCCGUUCUACUGGAUGGACUCAAGGAAUUUUUGCCAACUUUGCCGCUGAGAGUAUGGUCCCUAAAGGUCCUGAAUGGGGUGGUGGGAACUGGGAAAUCAAAACCCCAACAAACAUGAAGGCUAUACCUCAGUGGGAACUGGCUGCAGAGGUGAUGCCGUACAUGAAGACUGACGAUGGCACCAUUCCAUCCAUUAUCGCUGAUCAUAUUGGUGUUUACUUGGGAUCAAUCAAAGGAAGAGGCAACAUUGUAGAAGUAAGGGAAGAUAGCUUGGUCAAAGCUUUUAAAUCAGCAGGUGGUGGCAACAAGCCAAAUGGUCUUCCGUUGUCUACAUCCACAUCUAAUAUGUUCAAGGGAGUGCCUGCUGGUGAUUCGCUAAUGGGUCUGGAAACACUUAACAACAAACAAUUUGCCAGUUCCUCUGCAGCAGAUGAACAGGCUAAAGCUGAAGAAGAAUUCAAGAAAACAAUGUACGGGGCAGCUGAUGGUAGCAGCAGUGAUGAAGAGGGAACUUCAAAAGCUAAAAAGUUACACAUUCGAAUAAGAGACAAGCCAAUUGCUUCUACUGCAGUGGACGUUGAUAAAAUCAAAGAAGCCACAAAGCAGCUCAAACUCGGUGAAGGGUUGGGUCCACCCAUGACCAGGACCAAGUCAUUGACUAUUGGAUCCCAGGACCUUAGCCAGAUGUUAUCCCAACCUCCUCCUCCAGCUAACGGUGGGUCAGUGGCUCCUCGUGUAGGCUCUGCCCCUGGUGAUCUAUUUGGUAUGGACUCGUUUACACAACCUGCAACAGUAUCACAUCAAGCUCCUACCUCAACAGGUAAGGGGGUUGGUCCUGCGCCGAUUCCAGAGGACUUUUUCCAGAAUACGAUACCAUCUCUUCAGGUUGCGGCCGCACUGCCCCCUCCAGGGACCUAUCUUUCAAAAAUGGAUCAAGCUUCUCAAGGGUUUGAAAGCAACAAGGAAGCAUUUAACCAAGCCAAUGCAUCCAAUGCCAAUGUUCGUCUUCCUGAUGCUGGUGUUCCCCCUCAAGCUAGUCAGCCGGCUGCUGCUCCAUUCGAGCCCGUUGGACUUCCUGAUGGUGGUGUCCCACCAUCCUCAGGCCAGGUUGCCGCGCAGCAUCAAUCUCAUAUUCAAUCAACUCAGUUCCCAGUUUCUACUCAACCUCUUGAUCUGAGUGUCCUUGGGGUUCCAACUUCUGCUGACUCUGGAAAACCUUCAGCGCAGCCUUCUUCUCCACCAUCUUCUGUGCGUCCUGGACAGGUACCCCGUGGGGCUGCUGCUUCUGUAUGUUUUAAGACUGGAGUUGCCCACCUUGAGCAGAAUCAACUUUCAGAUGCGUUGUCUUGCUUUGAUGAAGCUUUUCUUGCACUGGCUAAGGAUCAGUCUCGUGGAGCUGAUAUUAAAGCACAAGGGACCAUCUGUGCUCAAUACAAAAUAGCAGUCACUCUUCUUCGGGAAAUUGGGCGGCUGCAAAGAGUUCAAGGUCCUAGUGCAAUCAGUGCAAAAGACGAGAUGGCCAGACUCUCACGCCACCUGGGUUCUUUGCCUCUUCUGGCAAAGCACAGGAUAAAUUGUAUCCGAACUGCAAUUAAGCGGAACAUGGAGGUGCAGAAUUAUGCUUAUUCGAAGCAGAUGCUUGAACUCCUGCUAUCCAAAGCACCUCCAAGUAAGCAGGAAGAAUUGAGGAGCUUAGUUGAUAUGUGUGUGCAAAGGGGUCUGUCCAAUAAAUCCAUUGAUCCACUUGAAGAUCCUUCCCAGUUCUGUGCCGCCACACUUAGUCGUCUGUCAACUAUUGGAUAUGACGUUUGUGAUCUUUGUGGGGCCAAAUUUUCUGCUCUCUCAUCACCCGGUUGCAUUAUAUGCGGUAUGGGAAGCAUUAAAAGAUCAGAUGCACUCACAGGGCCAGGGCCUGUUCCUUCACCGUUUGGUUGAGGUCUAAAUUUCCGCAAUGUGUUCCCAUACGGGCUCAACUUUGAGGGAAGUAGCCCCAAAACACUGAGUACUUUUCACUUCAAUGUAGUUGCUGCCAUUGAAUAUCGUUCGGAGGAGGCUUCACCCACACCGCAGAGAUCAUACCACUUCCCGUUAGGUAUAUAACGUAUUAUGUUUACUUUUUCUUGUAAUCGAGUUUGAGUUUGUUGCCAUGCCUUAAUUUUUCUUUUGUGCGUUUACUCCCAUUUUUUAUCUGUCAUUAUCCAAAUCAUUGAUAUUCCCAGUUUUGUGAUUACUUUCCCUCUGACUUUGUAAAGAACUGGAUCCUAUGAAAUCCAAAAUUCAGUUGCUCUGUGUGAAUAAUGAUGCUUUCAUCAUUUGGCUCUAAAA